GACGUUGCUCCGCCCCCUGUGUUUGUCGUAAACCUGGCUCCUGGCUACAAUAAACCCGAGCUAAGAGCGCCCUGGGCUCGCCUCCUUCUCCAAGGCGAUCAAUCGGAUCUCAGGCGUUCUACAAGCACUCUCUUACGUAGCCAUCCAGAAGGAGAGAGCUUCAACAACACGGUUGAUUUGCUCAACAAAAUCUACCUGCUUUCUGAACCAUGUCGUUGAGCCCAAAGCAUACAACGCCUUUCUCAGUGACUGAUAUUUUGAGUCCUAUCGAGGAGACCUACAAGAAGUUUAGUGGCAUGGACGGCGCAGGGAACCUAACCUCUCCACUGGGAGCUUACCGACAGCCUCAGGUUUCCCAGACUGGCAUGCAACAGCACUCCAUGGGACACAACGCUACCGUGGCGACCACCUACCACAUGCCACACACUGUCUCCCAGUUCUCGCACAGUGCCAUGGGGGGAUACUGCAAUGGGAGCAUUGGCAACAUGGGAGACCUUCCGUCGUACCAGGAAACCAUGAGAAAUAGCGCAGCAGCAACAGGGUGGUAUGGCGCGAACACGGAUCCAAGAUAUUCAACGAGUAUGAACAUGACUGGAAUGGGGACCCUGACAGGCAUGGGGGACGCCUCCAGGUCCAUGCCACCCCUGCACGCAGCGCCCAGGAGGAAACGACGGGUACUAUUCUCCCAGGCUCAGGUGUAUGAGCUGGAGAGGAGAUUCAAACAACAGAAAUACCUCUCGGCACCAGAGCGGGAACACCUGGCCAGUAUGAUCCACCUGACGCCGACCCAGGUCAAGAUCUGGUUCCAGAACCACAGGUACAAGAUGAAGCGGCAGGCCAAGGACAAAGCCGCGCAGCAGCUGCAGCAGGAAAGCAACAUGUGUCAGCAACAACAGUCUCCGAGGCGCGUGGCCGUGCCUGUUCUGGUGAAGGACGGUAAACCGUGUCAGAACGGCUCCAACACGCCAACUCCGAACCAGCAGCAGGUACAGCAGCAGCAGCAACAGCAACAUAACGGCUCUGGGGUGCUCCCUGCUUCCAGUAAUGCCAUCAAUCAACAUCAAAACCAGCAGGUCCACUCCUUAGUUCAGGCCCAAGACCUGGAGGAGAUAUCACCUAGCCCCCCUUCACUCCACAGCCAGAUCAACAUGGCGCAGAUAGACACUUCUGCUAUAGACUACACCAAUAACAUGGUCAGCUCCAACCUCCUCUACGGCAGAACGUGGUAGGACCUGCUGUCCUUUUACAUUUUUAUAUUUUAACCUGCGGAUGAGCUUAAGAGAAAACGAGACAUGUAUCAUGUUGAUAUACACAUCUGUGCGAAAAUUGAGCCCUUGGGUGGCUGAGAUGACAACACGCUCAGUCGCAUCAGCUGGUCAGGGCACAUUUUCUUGACAUUUCUAAGAGGGAGACUAUUUUUGAACAUUACACGAAAUGGCUGCCCUUGAAACAGAUUGUGUCGUUUCGGGACCUUUUAUAAUCAAUGUGAUGGAGUUCCUCAUGAUGUUAACGUAGAUGGGGACUGGAGGGAAAAGGGAGAGAUAUAGGUGGGAUCAGGUAUGAACUCUCAAGGUACUAAACCACCCCUCAUUUGCGGUGAUAACCUUGGUAUAAUAUGCUAUUGAUAUUGUGAACUAAUGUAUUCAUUUAGACUUAAAGAAAGUAGAAACUGUAGGCCUAUAUGAAGUUUCAUUCCAAAACGCUAUAUAUCAAUUUUCAGAAAUGUUGGUCAAUUUUAUUGUUUAAAUAAUUAAAUUAUGAAAGAGAUUGUUGUGUUUUUUUCACUAUCUAAUCAUUCAAUGGGUUGUUCAAUGAGAGACAUGUAUUUGAUUAAAACCUAGAAUUUGAUGGUUUCAUUUCAGAAAGACAAAUAAUGAUGUUUUUUUUGCUAAAUGCUAUAUAUCCUCCUCAAUCUCAGAGAAAUACGUAGUACUGCUAGGCUUUACACAUUCAAAUGUGACAAUUAACACAUUUUUAAAAUAUAGAAAUGUAUAAAUGAUACAUUUGUACCAUCAAUAGCCUAUUUAAUUAAAACAAAUAUAAUUAUUAAAUACAGGAAUAUGAGAUCUGUAAAACACUUUACAUUUGAGUAAUUUCGCAGAUGCUCCUGAGUGACUUACAGUAAGUGCAUCCAUCUUAAUUAAGAUAGCGAGACAACAACAUAUCAGUCAAAUAUAGGCUAUAUGAUACGAACAUUCCAUUCCAACUAAACAACGGAUAUAUAGCGUUUUUCAAUAAUAAUAAUAAUUCAUACACAUCUGAAAUCAAUGAAUAAAAACAUCGGAGAAAAGUUGUACACACACAUAAAUGUGCCCAUAAGCAAUCUGAUAAGAAAACUAAAACACAUGUGAAACAUUUGUGGAUUUAGCGUUUUGGAAAUAAACUCUUCGUAUUUGGCUAACACACGAGAACGCUUUUACCUGUAUAAUAAUUGUUUUGAAGUCGACUUUUUUGUUUUCUUUAUUAUUUUGUAAGUUAAAACGAACAAAUGCGUGAUGGCUGCUGUAUGUGUUUCAAACCAAUUGAACAUUAACAAUAAAUCACUUGAAGUGCGAGCUAUUUCUGGCGAAUUAAUUUUUAUAAGGAUCUGGUGGAGUGCGUUUUCAUUAUUGUGUGAUUGAGACCAAAUUGAGUUGGAAAGCAAGGUCGAUGGGGUAGCCAACAUUGUUCACAGGAGAUUUUGCAGAGGCAUCGCAAAUGUAGGCUGACCAAUACACAAAAAAUAUUAUAACCUAUUGAAAAUAUUAUCCAUAAACAAUAGUUUUAGGUAAACAUAAAGCUACAGCAAGUUUGGCACAGUCUUAUUAUCGUUAGAAUAAAAACCUGAAACAUGUUCUAUAUGUUUUCAAUACAGAACUUGUGUGAUUCCAAAGCCAUAAGAAGGUUAGUCAACACAGACUUGUUUUACAACUUCUUAGCCAAUUUAUGUCUAAUAAAGCCAUUUCUGCUCUACAUGAUUAAUACAAUCAAAUGUAAUGAUAUUAUCAUUAUUAUUAUCAUUCUUUUUUAAAGUAUUACUGUUGUUGGUGUUGUGGCACGUGAUUGAAUGAAAUGUAGAUCAAUUUGUGAUAACCUUUCUACUUAAUAAUGCACAUUUUGAAGUACGUGUUUCUCAUCAAGCUUGCAGGCCUAUUGCAGCAGCAGCAUUUAGAGCGUAUGCGCUGACAUUCAAUACAUUUACGUAGCCAUUUACGUAGCCAAUUACGUAGCCCAAUGUCGCCUAAUAACGGAUUCAUGACAGUAAAGUAGGUGUAAUGCAACACCAAAAACACUAGUGACAUGAUAUGUCUCCAAUCAAAGUAAUCUAUUUUAUCCAUGUGCGUCGCUACACUAUUAAAACAGUAUACCAAACUUACUGUGCACACCACAUGUUGAUGCUGCGAUGCACUUUUCUUUGUUAUGAUAAGGCCUUCUAUAGAUUCCCAGUCGGUUUUAAUGGUACAAUGUUUUCUAUUCUAAAGGUUAAAAAAAAUGUAGCACACUGAGUUAUCCAGCACUUCACUGCAAUUCAUUUUUUAUUCAGUUUGACUCUUUAGUCUCCCUCCAUAGGCUAUAUCCUAACUGUGUACUUUGUAUUGCAUAAUGAUACUGCAAUAUACUGUUCUGUACUCAGUUGAUCCUGCACUGCAUCCAAAAUACUGCUGUUAUUCUCCAACAUCACUACUUAUACAAACCUAACCUAAUAUUGUAACUAUACAAAAUAGCUCUGUUUCUAGCUACUUCUAUAAAGUAUGAGUUACCACUCUCGAAUUUCACGUUUAAUUCAAAAAUAUAUACAGUAAACCAUCACGUACUAUUACCACAAUACGAACCGUUCUAUUUCUACAGUAGUUUUUUUCCCCCACUUUUAAACGGGAUCUAAAACAAUCUGAAUAUAAAUAAAAUAAAUAUACAUUAUACAAGUUAUUGUAAUAUUAUAAUAAUUUUGAGGGGCCCUUCUAAAACUAGCAGAGAAAUCCAAACCCUCUUUGAUAAGUCAAUCUUUCAUAAGGAUGGCAGGAAGUUACUACCUCUUAAAUAUUUGUACUACACUCCCCAAAACAUUUAAAUCCCAAGUUGUUAUCCGUCUCUCUCUGUAGUCUGUCUGGUCUACAUCAUGAUUUGUACUGGACACCUGAUAAUAGGCCACUGCCGUCCAUAUCCAUUGCCCAUUUAAACACGUUUCAAAAUUGCAUCUCAAUAACAGUCAUGAUGAUACCCUUGGAGGAGGAUGAUGAUGAUGAUGAUGGCCUAUUGCUGUCUCUGCAUCCUCUCCCUGAAAAGCGCCAAUAUUAUUACAGCUGCUCCCCAUACAGCUGUAUGGACACCCACUCCCUCAGAUUACACACUCCUGUGUGGGGAAUUAUAUAGGAAGAACUGAGACAAUGUUCACUAAAGCCGUACAAUUUGAAUUCCAUUCUUCAAACAUGUUUUAUAAUAUGUCAUUUGCGAAUGUUUGACAUGAGGUUCAAAAUUAAGACAUAUAUUAUCAUGGUGCAAUAAAUGUUUUCCUGCACUCUA